CACACACACACACUCUCACGCGCGCGCACACACACACACGAGUGUGUAGAGCUGCCAGCAGGAGUCUCAGUGUUUCAGUAUAACGGUAAACUGGACAGAAAAGUUUAACUUCAUGCCGGAAGUGAAGCUGAACAGAGAGAAAAGCGGAGAGGAAAGUGAAGUGAAACCGCGCUGUGACACUGACACACAAAUGAAGAGGAGGAGGAUGAAGAUGGUGUCUCAUUAACGUCGCGCUGUGUGUGUGUGUGUGUGUGUGUGUGUGAGAGAGAGAGAGAGAGAGAGAGACAGACAGACAGACAGACAGAGAGAGAGAGAGAGAGAGAGACAGAGAGACAGACAGAGAGACAGACAGAGAGAGAGAGAGACAAUGGGAUUACCGACUCUGGAGUUCAGCGACUCGGUUCUGGACAGUCCGACCUUCAGAGACAGACUGAAGAACCACGAACUGGAGCUGGAGAACACCAACAAGUUCAUCAAGGAGCUCAUCAAAGACGGCAACGCGCUCAUAGGAGCACUUAGAAAUUUGUCUGAAUGUGUGUUGAAGUUUGCUCAGUCGCUGCAGGAGUUUCAGUUCGAGUGUAUCGGUGACGCAGAGACAGACGACGAGGUGAACGUUGCUCAGUCUUUUAAGGAGUUCUCACAGCUGCUGAACAAGGUGGAGGAGGAGAGACACCGCCUCAUCCAGAACGCUGACGACGUUCUCAUCACACCUUUGGAGAAAUUCCGUACGGAGCAGAUCGGAGCGGCUAAAGAAGGAAAGAAGAAAUUCCUCAAAGAGAGUGAGAAGUACUACACAUCUCUGGAGAAACAUCUCAACCUGUCUUCUAAGAAGAAAGAGUCAUCACUCCAGGAGGCUGAUUCUCAGAUUGAUAAAGAGAGGCUGCUCUUCUAUGAUGCCUCGCUUGAGUAUGUCUUCAAAAUCCAGGAGGUUCAGGAGAAGAAGAAGUUUGAGUUUGUCGAGCCGCUCCUGGCCUUCCUACUUGGUUUAUUCACUUUCUACCAUGAGGGAUAUGAACUGGCUCAAGAGUUCGAACCUUAUAAACAGCAGCUCCAGUUCAACCUGCAGAAUACUCGGAACAACUACCUGACCACUAAACAGGAGGUUGAGAAACUGAUGAACAGAGUGAGGUCUGCAGAUCAGGACCAGAAACCACCAGGACAGUGGACCAUGGAGGGCUACCUGUACAUCCAGGAAAAAAGACCUCUGGGCUGCUCCUGGACUCGACAUUACUGCACUUAUGAUAAAGCCAGUAAGACCUUCAGCAUGACCAACACAGAGACCAAGACCACCAACAAACAGAAUGACGUGGUGUUAAACUCAGCUGAAGUCUUCAAGCUCAAGUCGUGUGUGAGGAGAAAAACCGACUCCAUCGACAAACGUUUCUGUUUCGACAUCGAGAUGGUAGAGAGAGAUGCUGUGUGUCGUGGAACUAUUUUCAGUCCCCUGCAGUUUUUCUGUAAAGUUCGACAUGGUAUUAUCACUUUGCAGGCUCUGUCUGAAUCUAACAGGAGAAUGUGGCUGGAGGCGAUGGACGGCAAAGAACCAAUCUACAACCUACCUGCAGUCCUGAGCAAGAAAGAUGAGACUCAUCUGAACCGAGCAGGCUUUAAUUUUGUGAGGAAGUGCAUUAGCAUGGUGGAGGAAAGAGGCAUUAACACUAUGGGACUGUACCGUAUCGGAGGAGUGAACUCUAAAGUGCAGAAGUUGAUGAACUCUGUCUUCUCACCUAAAGCUCCAGCAGACAUGGACCUAGACCCUGAAAUAUGGGAUAAUAAAACCAUCACUAGCGGACUGAAGAAUUACCUCAGGUGUCUCGCUGAGCCGCUCAUGACAUACAGACUCCAUGAGGAUUUCCUUGCGGCUGUCAAAUCAGAUGAUCAGAAUUACAGAGUGUGUUCUGUUCAUGUGCUGGUCCACAAACUGCCUGAGAAAAAUAAAGAAAUGCUGCAGAUUUUAAUAAAACACCUUCUUACAGUCUCAGCUCACAGUAAGACUAACAUGAUGACGGUAUCGAACCUUGCUGUGAUCUUCGGCCCCACACUGAUGCGCUCUCAGGAGGAGACUGUGGCUGCCAUGAUGAACAUCAAGUUCCAGAACGUGGUGGUGGAGAUCCUGAUCCAGAACUUUGAGAAGAUCUUCCACCAGACUCCAGACCCCAACAUUCCCUUGGCACAGCUCCACACUCGGCCAGAGUCACGCAGGAACAGAGCCAUCUGUCUCUCCACAGGAUCUCACAAACCCACACAGACACACACACACUCGUUGUGUGUCACUGAUGCUGACAGUGACACAUUAAGCAGCAGUUCCUGCAGCACCACGAUGGGCAGCGUGGACUCUCUGUCGUCUCACUGGUCUGAGCAGAACCUGUCCAAACUGAGCUCCUGCGCUCCGUAUAAAGAGAAGCUGUAUCCAUCCACUGUGUCCCCCAUCGGGCCCCGGGGCCAAGACCCCUCCUCCAGGGGUGACGUGGGGCGGGCGGAUGGAGAAUCGGACGACUCGUACAGCUCACCUGCUCUGAGGAAAGUUCACAGAAACAACACACACAGCUGUGGAGCUGCAGUGAGAUCUGACCGGAUCGGCUGUGUAGCGGCACCAGCACUGCAACACACUAACGAUAAACAGAGUGAUGACACCCAGUGGCUCCACCUGCCUCCUAAGUUGCCCCAGCGUCAGGACGUCGGCUCCGUCAGCAGCUACCAGAGACCGAUGUCAGUAGUGGCAGCAAGAGCACUGAUGUUUGAAAGUCCCUCAGUGUCGACACCUACUGGCCGAGAUGCAAAAGCGAUAUAUUCCUGUGAGGCAGAGCAUAGCAACGAGCUGAGUUUCCCCCAGGGGGCGCACUUCUCUAACGUGAACCCUUCAGUGGAACCCGGCUGGCUUCAGGCAACGUACAAGGGCAAAACAGGACUGGUUCCAAAAAACUAUGUGGUUUUCCUCUGAGCCCACACACGGAGACGUCAUCCAGCCUGUCCUGAUGGUGUGUGUGUGUGUGUGUGUUGGUGUUUGUGUGUGCGUGUGUGUGGGCGUGUUGGUGUAUGUCCUGUCCAUGGUUUAUACACAGAAUACAGUUAAAGACAUAAAUAUAUAAAUAUACCGCACACACACACACACACACACGCACACACACACGCAGUCAUCUUCAGCAUCAUGAUUGUUUUAGCAUAAAGCUCUUAAAGCAUUAUAAAGUUUGGAACCUUUUAUUUAGCUCUAUCACUUUUUUAUCUUUUUACUCUGUAAUGAACGUCUGACCACUCGAGCUGCUCAUUAGUCUAGAAUUACUGCCAUCUUACACUGGAAAUCUUCCUCUCGUCUCACUUAGUUAACAUCACACACACACGAACACACACAUGUACACAAACAUAUACACACGUACACACACAUUUACACACAUACACACAGUAAUUAUAUAAAGGUGUGAAUGUAGUAUGAAAUUGUUUAAUUAUGUUUUUUUACAGUCUGAUUUGUGUUUGUAGUUAUUGUGUAUUUUAGAGAGAACUGUGUAAGAAUCCAUUCUGUUCUUUCCUUCAUGUUCUUAAAUGUUGUUAAAUGUAAAAGAAGAACGUAGUCGUCAUUGUUCACACACUCUUUAAUCAGGUGUCGCGUAGUCAUGUGUCGCGUAAUGUGUCGCAUAGUCAUGUGUCGCGUAGUCAUGUGUCGCGUAGUCAUGUGUCGCGUAGUCAUGUGUCGCGUAGUCGGGUGUCGCGUAGUCGGGUGUCGCGUAGUCGGGUGUCGCGUAGUCGGGUGUCGCGUAGUCGUGUCGUGUAGUCAUGUGUCGCGUAGUCGGGUGUCGUGUAGUCAUGUGUUGUGUAGUCAUGUGUUGUGUAGUCUGGUGUCCUGCUGUAACUGAAUUGACUGAACUGAAGAAAGUUGUAUCACUGUUUUAGAUAUUUUUAGUUUGAUUUUUCACAAAUGUGAAUGUUUUACUGUCAGUACAUUUCUACAUCAUUAAGUUGUACAGUCCUAAUAACUGGGAACAACAUGCAACAAAAAGAAACAACAGACAUUUACAGCUCCAGGAUUCUGGGAGGAGGAAGACGGAGCAGGCCGGCGCCAGGAUCUCCGUGUUCUUUUCCAUUUACAUGCGUAAGAAUACGACUCGACCUUGACUGAUGAUGCCGGAAUGAUCCUCCCUCGUCAGCAGGUCCGCUGAGGUCAGAGCCCGGAAACGACAGUCUUACAUUAACUCUUUAAUGACGUGCCACAGAUUCACAGUCCAUGAGGUUUAUUCUGUAAUCCUGACCAUAUUAAAGUACACAGAAAAGCUAUUUAAUUUAAAAAGAUCACGUUAAAGCCUGCAGCAGAGACACAGGAGACGGUUCAGAGCUGGAGAUGUUCCUUCUUACUCCUGCAGGGAUGGAGUCCUUCUUUAAGAAGCCAUUAGAACUGUAGUGUCGUGAAUAAGGCGGGUUUUAGUCAUAAAUUUAAUCGUGUAAUCAUUCUGAAGGACUGAGAUGUUUCUCAGACAGACGUUACAGAAAAUGUGAACGUUUUAUCUUUAUUUCUAAAUACACAUCAAAACAGAAGCAGUGAUGGAACCAUAACACAACUUUCUCCCAGAUCACGUCACUAAAGACAGAAAGGCACUCGUCCGUAUCCCUCAGUUCACUCUGUUGUCAUGACAUUAUUUCCCAUGAAAGAGGAGGGGCCUGACCAUGCCGGCCAGAACCUUUGGCAACUGUGACGCGAUCACCUCCGACAUCAUCUCAGGAAACUCCACCUUCAUGGCGUCGGCCUGGAUGAAGGUACUGAGGCAGUACAGGUUGACCUUCUUCACUAUCUGCUCACAAAACAAGAGUGACGCAAACUUCAGCACGUUAUCACACAUACAGCAGCAACAUAAUGUGUGUGUGUGUGUGUGUGUGGUGUGUGGUGUGUGUAUAUAAGGCCACAUAUAAAGAGUUAAUCUAUAAUCAAAGUCAUUUAUUUUCAAAAAAACCUAAAGUUCACUUUCCCUUUAUUUAUAGAGAACCAUAUUUAUUCAUUUUUAUUGCUAGUUCUAGUUCUAAAUUAUUCUGUUCAGACGUCGUGACGUGAAGUGACGUGUGCACCUCAUGCAUGGAGUCCAUGAGUUUGGUGAGGUGGUAGAAACGCUGCGAACUUCCCACCACAUCUUUCUCCUUCAUCUGGACGGCUUUACUCAGCUCUCUGAUGUAGUGCUGUCUCAUCUCAUCAAACUGACUCUGACUCUUUAAACCCUCUAAAGGAACUGUAAAAAACACAAAGCAUCAAUAUAAUGUUCCUUUAUUUAUAUGGUCAGGAGGUCAGGACUGGGAUUGGUCAGAAGAUGCUAGAAGGUUUGCAUUAUUUUGGAAUAACAGCUGAAGGACCUGCUGAUGUUUACAGAUCUUUGGACUUAAACUGCAGCUUUGUUAAAGUGACGUUUUACAGUAAAGAUUUUCUCAAUUCAUUAAAUACAUAUUAUAUAUAUA